AUGUCGCUUAAGAAUUUGGCUCUUCUGUUGGCCGUUGGUCUUGCCCGUGCUGAGGGUCAAGAUUCAACGACCGCUGCCGCUCCUUUCAACCCUUACACCAACGAUGCUAGUUCUUUCAACCAAUCACCGCCUCUUGGACAGCGUAUUAAGCGUCGCAAGUGGAGUGCUCAGUGCGACAGCAGCGAUGGUCCGCAUCAAUGCGAAAAUGCCAUCGACCCUGAAUCGAACGACUACUGGCAAUCCGGAUCUGGGGCUCAGCACGAAAUCGUGGUUGACCUCGGCGAGACGAGAAGCGUCAAUGCUAUCGAGGUCGCUCCGGCAGGCCAGGACGGAUGGAUUGAAGGACAUCAAGUCUAUGUGUCCACCGACAAGGCCAACUGGGGCCCGCCCGUUUCUUUCGGAACGUGGAACUCGGAUGGAAGCAUCAAAGUCUCCAUUUUCAACCCCAAGAGCGCUCAGUAUGUCCGCCUCAUGAGUGAUAAGUCGACGACGAGUAUUGCCGACUUGAACAUCUGGGAAUAUACCAUCCAGGGCAAUGUCGACGCCGAAGGUGGUGUCUGGGGCCCUACCGUUGAUUUGCCCAUCAUUGCUGUUGCGGGCGCGGUCGUCCCCGAGACGGGAGAAGUCAUGGUCUGGUCUGCGUACACCAGCGACAACUAUGCAAAUUCUCCAAGUGGUUACAGCUUGCUUGCUGUCUGGGACCCCACCACCAAUUCUGUCACUCAGCGGAACGUGACCGAAACCCACCAUGACAUGUUCUGUCCGGGCAUUUCAUGGGAUGGCAGUGGAAAACUUGUGAUUAGCGGUGGCAGCGAUGCCAGCCGUACCAGCUUUUUGUACCCCAACCAGAGCUGGGUUGCCGGCCCUUCACUACACAUUGCCCGUGGAUAUCAGUCCUCUGCUACACUGUCAACCGGAGAAGUGUUCGUGGUUGGUGGCGCUUGGAACGGCGGUGCGACUGAUAAGUAUGGCGAGGUCUACAGUCCGAUUACCAACAAGUGGUCUGACCGGAAGGGUUGCGACGUCAUUCCUAUGUUGACAGAUGAUAAGCAAGGCAUCUACCGUGCUGAUAACCAUGGCUGGUUUUUUGGCUGGAAGAAUGAGACUGUAUUCCAAGCCGGUCCUUCGAAACAAAUGAACUGGUACCAUACCCAAGGCAAUGGAAAUGUGUCCCCUGCUGGAACACGUGCUAAUGCCGACGAUGCUAUGUCUGGAAAUGCCGUUAUGUAUGAUGCUGUCGCAGGAAAGAUCAUCACCUUUGGCGGCUCCCCUCAGCUACGAAGACACCGAUGGAGAACCUGGAAUGAACUUUGCUCGUGUAUUCCAUACAUCUGUUGUCCUCCUGACGGGAAUGUGUUCCUGACCGGUGGUCAAAAACACGGUAUUCCGUUCAACGAAGAUGGUGCUCUUCUCACUCCCGAACUGUACCUCGCACCCUUCAAUUUGUUCCAGACUCAAACACCCAACAGUGUUAUCCGUGUUUACCACAGCAUCUCUCUGCUGCUCACUGACGGCCGUGUCUUCAACGGUGGUGGUGGUCUCUGUGGCAACUGCACGGCCAACCAUUUGGAUGCUCAGAUCUACACCCCUCGUUAUCUGCUGAACGGUGAUGGAAGUCUUGCAACUCGCCCCGAGAUCACCAGUGUUGCCAACACAGAAGUUAAACCUGGUGACAAGCUUAGUUUCCAGACCGGAGGCUCCAUCAACUCUGCCUCUCUCGUGCGCUAUGGAACCGCUAGUCACACUGUGAACACCGACCAGCGCCGUGUUCCCCUGGAUAUUGGAAACGGAGAAGGAACAAAUCAUGAAGCCACUCUCCCUAGUGAUGCUUCUAUCCUCCUCCCUGGAUGGUGGAUGCUCUUUGUCAUGAAUGACGAGGGCACGCCCAGUAUCUCCAAGACCAUCAAAGUCAACCCUCUUUAG